AAAUGAAGAUAGUCGAGUAAACCCUACAAGAAGGGGUAAAAUGAUUAUAGCGACGAAGUUACGUCCGAUGACGAACUCUCGCUCACACGGUCAGUCUUUCUAGGCCCUUCAAAAUAAAUGGAACACCCCGAGGAACGUUAUUACAAGUUGAACAAAUUUUUUUUAUCGGUUACUGGACUCUGGCCUUAUCAAAGCGCACGGACAGCCUACUUGAUGAGGACCAUUAUAACUAUCUCCAUGAUGUCGUCCGCCUUUGUUCAGUUGUCAAGUUUUUUCACGUCUAAUAUCACUAUGGAAUACCUAGUCGAUAUUAUACCAACGCUUCUACCAGUAUUAGGUAGCCUAAUCCACUUGUACAUACGUGUUAAACAUACAGAUAAACUUAGAGAACUUUUGAAUCGUAUGUGGAAUGACUGGGCAUUACAAAAGACAGAAGACGAGUUAAAAAUCAUGCAUGAGUAUGCUGAGAUCUCGAGGUUAUUGACACUUCAUUAUUCGCGUACAAUUCUGCAUGGUAUGACGCAGUUGUUUUGGAACAGAAAUCCUUGCUGCUAA